AUGGCGACCAGCUCAGAGCGCAGUCCUCCUCCGUUCCCGGAUUCCGAGGACCAAGAUGCUCUGGAGUCCGAGGAAGUCAGAGGCCGAGACAGCGACGAGGACGACGCGGAGGAACUUUUCCUGAGCGCGGCCAAUACGCCCAUGGCCAAAAUGGAGAGCCCAUCAGCACCUGCCAGUCAGCUCGUUGACCUCCUGAUUGACCCUUUGAUUGAGCCUCUCAGCAGCUCUACAAAUAAACCCUCCUCUGAGCUUUUUGAGGACCUGACAAACGACACAGCGGGCAAGCCGUCGGACGUGGCCUCUGAUGAGUUUGUUGACAUUCUGGGAAGUGAAGCUGCAGCACAAAGAGAGGAAGUUGAUGUUACGGUGGAAGCAGCGGCGGCGGUGGCUAAGGCUGAAACGAGCCAUGGCGCAACAGAUUUACUUGGCGAUGGAGAAACGAGAAGUGCCGCUGAACAGGAAGCGACUUCUGUCACUCCAGUCAUGGACCUCGGCGGCUCGCAGCAGACACCUGCCAGUGCAAAGGUCACCGACCCACUGGAGGACCUCCUGAGCGAUCCGCCGGCCACCGCCACGUCAGACACCCACAAACCCGGCGCCGCAGUGGUCGACCUCUUCGACGACGAGGGAAGCGACAUUUUCACCGGAGCCCCGUCUAGCAAACCCUCCAAGCAGCCUCAGAAGAGCCUCUUUGGCGAAGCGGACGAGGAUCUGUUCGCCGAGCCACUGGGAGCCGUAGCAAAGAAAGCCGCAAGUAAGGAGCAGAAGGAGAAAUCCGUCCCGGCUUCAGCUGGAGAAACUGCACACAUCUUCACCGAGGAGGCGGUCGGUACGGUGCCAAACGCCAGAGCGGUGAACUCCAAAACCAACGGAAUCCCUUCUGAAGAGGACUCUGAUAUAUUUGCAGAAGCCACAGUGGAGCUUUCCUUGGACAGUCCGAUGAUCGAGAGAAGGAAAGAGGCGACGACCAAACCGCCUGCUUCCGCCUCGACCUCCGUCUCAGCCAGCCUCGCCAAGCCGCAGUCGGCCGCCGUGGAAGAGCUGGAAGAGGAGGAGGAACAGGAACUUGAAGAUCAGUUCGACAUCUAUGUCUCCGUUAAAGACCCUGAGAAAAUAGGGGAUGGCAUGAACGCCUACAUGGCUUAUAAAGUAUCAACACAGACCUCUCUCCCGAUGUUUCGCAACAAAACGUUUACGGUGAGGCGACGCUUCAGCGACUUCCUUGGCCUCUACGAGAAGCUCUCUGAAAAACACGGGCCGAACGGAUUGGUCAUUCCUCCGCCGCCAGAAAAAAACCUCCUAGGAAUGACAAAAAUGAAGGUGGGAAAGGAAGAUUCGUCAUCGGCAGACUUUCUUGAGAGGAGAAGAGGCGCUUUGGAGAGGUAUCUCCAAAGAAUAGUGACUCACCCAAUGCUCCUCCAAGAUCCUGAUGUCAGAGAGUUUCUGGAAAAAGAGGAACUGCCCAGAGCCGUCAGCACCCAGGCGCUGAGCGGGGCCGGCUUCCUGAAGAUGCUCAACAAGGCAACAGACGCCGUCAGCAAAAUGACCAUCAAGAUGAACGAGUCGGAUGUGUGGUUUGAGGAGAAGCUGCAGGAGGUUGAGUCUGCAGAUCAGCAGUUCAGGAAGCUCCACGCGCUGGUCGAGUUGCUCGUCGUUCACAGAAAAGAGCUGUCCCUGAACACGGCCAGCUUCGCCAAGAGCGCGGCCAUGCUGGGCAGCGCCGAGGACAACACGGCGCUGUCCCGCGCCCUGUCGCAGCUGGCCGAGGUGGAGGACAAGAUGGAGCAGCUCCACCAGGACCAGGCCGCCAACGACACCUUCAGCUUCGCCGAGCUGAUUGCGGACUUCAUCCGCCUGCUGGGAGCGGUCAGGGGCACGUUCGACCAGCGGAUGAAGGCGUGGCAGCGCUGGCAGGACGCGCAGGCCAUGCUGCAGAAGAAGAGGGAGACGGAGGCCAAGCUGCUGUGGGCCAACAAGCCGGACAAGCUGCAGCUGGCCAAGGAGGAGAUCGCCGAGUGGGAGGCCAAAGUGACUCAGUACGAGAGAGACUUUGACAGAGUUUCUGCAACUGUGCGCAAGGAAGUCGUCCGCUUCGAGAAAGAAAAGACCAAGAAUUUCAAGAGACAGAUAAUCGUGUACCUGGAGUCCCUGCUUCAGUCUCAGCAGCAGCUGAUCAAGUACUGGGAGGCGUUCCUGCCUGAAGCGAAAGCCAUCGCCUAACGGCCGAGCCUCUGACCGACAAACAGGCUGCCUUCUUUAUACACUUUACCUCCUUUUGCCUUUAAAGCAAGAACACAAACAUGUGCGUUGAAAAGGGAGAUACAAUCAACAUGUUUUUUUUUUCUUUUACAUACAAUCAUCCUUAACACAUAGCUCUGUAUUCUAUUGUAUUAAUAACUGUAUAUUUUCAUUUAUCCUUACACUAUUUUCUUACUAGAGCAAAGAGUAUAAAGAAAGAGGAAAAGUUUAGCCCUGUGAUUUUUCAGUAGCGCCCUCUGCAGGUGAUGAGGAGCUCCUUCCAGCCUGAAGCUGAAGGUGGCCAAGAGUCUCACUCUGCUUCUCGCUUGUAAUAAUGACUCGAAAACAAAAAAAAAAGGGAUCAAAUAACUUUUCUGAGCACUUCUAGCCGCUGGAUAAACGUCCUCGAGUUCCAGCCGUUUUACUUUUCUUCACAGGUUGAAGUAGUGGGGAGGGGGAUGAAACUGGUCACACGUCGUGUUUGUGGGUUUGAUGUUUUCCAGUGGGAUUUAAGUCAUGCAAAACCAUGUGUCUGUGCCUUUUUACUUGGAAAUGAUGCUACUUUGAGAGAAUUUUGUACAUGUAGAGGCUUUGUUGCACUUAGUUUAAAAAAAAUAAAAAGAGAGACAGUCCUGAUGUGUUUACCUGAAUGGAAACUUGCUGAGUGCAUGUGGAACAGGCGAGCAUGUCUGGGUCUGUUUCUCACAUCGGAGUUUAUGAUCCACUCUUUUACCAAACAGCCACUCAGAUGUGUCAACUAAAAGCUGCCAGGAUUAUUAUUUUUUUAUCUGUAGUUUUUUUUUCUUUCUUUUCUCUCUCUGCUGACGGUGAAACAUCUCGGCUCGGUUCUGCUUCUUUCCUUUUCUUUCACACCAAAUGAGCCGCUCCCACCUGUCGCUGUUAUCAAAUUGAAGUUUCUCUGAUAGAAACAUGAUCCAGUUGCAUCUAAAUUCAAAAUAACUUUAUGUGCAUUUUUUUCCCUCAUAUUUUAUUUUUACUUUAAGUUCAGUCAUUUUUGCUGCUUCAGGUUAAAUUACCACUCUGUCAAAUUUGCAGAAGUAAUUUUUCCAGAAGUUUGAGUCGUGUCUGUUUGCAUCAUCAGAACGUUGAUUGAAAGUUUGUUUUUUUGGAGGGUUUUAUCUGUUUUGGGUUUUUUUGUGGCGGACUCGUAUGGAAGCAAGGCUUGAACCAAAGAAGAGCGUUGAAUAUUUUUCUGAUCGAGUCACGAGUUAUUUAGCAUUACCGUAAAAAAGAACUGGCGAUUGUUUUGGGUUUGUUAUUCAACAAGAAUGAAGGAGUGACAAAUCAAGAAUGUGUUAAGCUGGAUAUCUGAAGCGUCACCUGAAUCUCCCACCCGGUUCCUGCUUUAACGUCUCUGUUCCUUACAAGAAAAACUCAACUUCAUCACCAUUUUCGCAUGGAAAAUCCUGUAAUGUUCUGAGAUUUCUUUGAUUUUUUUUUCUCUUCUUCUUUAGACCCACAACUUUUUUUUUUUUUUUAAGAUAUUUCUACACCACAUUACUAAAAUUGUCUGUAUGGCCUCUGUCAUUGUAACGUUGGGACAUAUACUGUGUCAUAGAUUCCUUUAAAAAAAAAACAAAUCAAUAAAAGUUGCACUGUUUACUCUUGAAGAUUUCAUAAAGAG